GCCCUGUGCGCUACCUGCUGCCGUGCCUCACCGCCCUCACAGUAUAGAAUUUCUCCCAACUAUGUCGUGUAAUAGGGCGCUGUGUGAUUCAGUGAUACACAGAAGAGCCUGCCAAAAGGUGCUGAGCAGAAAUACCUCAAAUGGGGAGGGAAGCACUGUUAAAGCAGCAGCUUCUGUGCUGUGAGGGAGGUAUUUGACGAGCGUUAAACAUCCCAUUCCCACCAACACACAGACAGUCGCCCUAAAAAGACUGAGAAGAAGCCGGGCAAGCAGCGGCCGGCCUCGUGCUGUACGGACAGAUGCUGGUUAGCCGCUGUUGGAGGCGCAGGGCACAGCGUGAAGGCAGCUGACUCAGGGCAGGCGCUGAUGCAAGGCAGGGCGCUGUUGCUGCAGCCGGGGCGCGGUGCGGCUUCAUGCAGGAUGUGCACGGGAACUGGCAGUCCCUCAGGCUUCCAGGCUUUAUGAGGGAGCGGGGCUUUUUCUGUGUUUGCGCUCCUGGAAACGAGGCCAAAAUAAAGAAGUCUUUUUAUGGCUCUCGGGAGCGGGAGCGGAGCCAAGCAGCUGAUGGCCCGCGGAGCUGGGUCAGCGACCUGCACCAGGCUGGGACGGGGUGAAAUGGCCGCUUCAUCCUCAUCUUCUUCAGCCGGUGGAGUCAGCGGCAGCUCUGUGACGGGAUCCGGUUUCAGCGUCUCGGACCUGGCACCGCCCCGAAAGGCCCUCUUCACCUACCCCAAGGGAGCCGGGGAGAUGCUGGAAGAUGGCUCGGAAAGAUUUCUCUGUGAGUCUGUCUUCAGCUAUCAGGUUGCAUCUACAUUAAAGCAAGUGAAACACGAUCAACAAGUUGCGCGGAUGGAAAAACUGGCCGGUCUGGUGGAGGAGCUGGAGGCAGAUGAGUGGAGGUACAAGCCAAUAGAGCAGCUGCUGGGAUUCACUCCCUCCUCAGGCUGAGCACGUCUGGAUCUCUGCUGCCGGAGAGCAGAAGAAAGGCACUCUCUGGCCCAACUUCAAAACACGCCACCAUCUAUCAGGGUAUUUACAGCUGUGUCAGCAGGACUGGGCUGAAAGAAAGAAGGGGAGACGUAAAGCUGAGUGGCAGGGGAAGCAACCCCAUAAGUCGGUCUGCCGUUUCCCUCCUGUGUGCUGGCCCAGCUUAUCUCCUGCCUGGGAAGCGUGCAUCUCUGCCGCUCCAGCCAGGCCUCUGCAGAGCACUUCCAGACCCUGCCAGAAAGGCUCUGCGGUCCCAGCCCUUCUUUUGGGGAACUGACGGGAUGAGACCUGUCCUGGGUCAGCUGCAGGGGUGACCCUUUGUCCAGCGGUGCCUCCUGUAUUGCUGAAACCGUUUUCUUUCCAGUGCUGUUUCUCUUUUCUCUUCGCAGUGCUGGUAGCACAUCGCUCUUUAAUGCAGAAGCUGUACCCUGAGUACCCUGAAACCCUUUUCCUCCUUAUUGUGUGUUAAAUUGCUCCGUGAUAGUAAAAUAAUUCUGUCUUUGAAA